AUUCGCCGUAUAAAAACCACUCGUUUUCUUAGCGUUGAUAAAAUCCUCGGUUGCUUAUCUCCAAAGCUAACCGUUGCCCUUUGAAGAAGAGGUGAGAAAGAGAGCGCCAAACAAAUGGCUCCGAAGAACUUGUCGUUCAAGAUAAUCUUGGGUUCUUCCUCAAUGGCACGUCGCGAAAUAUUAGCGGACAUGGGUUAUGAAUUUACAGUUAUGGGUGCUGACAUUGAUGAAAAGAGCAUUAGAAAGGAUAAUGCAGAGGAAUUAGUGAUAGCUCUAGCAGAGGCAAAGGCAGAUGCUAUUAUGUCAAGGCUCAAAACAACUGAUCAGUUGGAGGAAAAUACCCAUUCCACUUUGUUAAUUACUGCAGAUACAGUGGCGGUGUACGAAGGAAUUAUAAGAGAAAAACCAUCAAGCAAGGAAGAAGCGCGUCAGUUCAUCAAAAGUUAUUCUGGUGGUCAAGCCACGGUUGUAGGAUCUGUUGUUGUGACCAACCUUAAAAAGGGGAUAAGAAAAGGAGCUUGGGAAAGGUCCGAGGUAUAUUUCCAUGACAUACCUGAUGAGAUCAUUGACAGCCUGAUUGAGGAGGGAAUAAUACUUAAUGUUGCUGGUGGCUUAAUGCUUGAACAUCCAUUGACGCUGCCCUUCGUUGACACUCUGAUUGGAACUGCUGACAGUGUUAUGGGACUCCCAAGAAGUCUCACUGAAAAACUUAUCGAAGAAGCACUCUAGCUGCUGGAAUUCCACAAGUGAAUAAAUAUCCUUUCGAUCACCUCUCCUGAAAUGUACUUGAUUACUAGAUUUUUGAGUUUAUAAACUUGUCUUUCUGAAGUGAACAUUGAAAAAUGCACGAAAGGAAAUACUGGCUGAAAGACAUUCUUUUUUCAAAUAUCACUGUUAAAUUAUUUGAUUUGAUGUAACCAUCGUGAUCAGGAAAGAUUUGAUACACAUACAACUUGGAAAUUGAUUCAAUAAGAGCCCCGGAACGCUCCACUGACCGGUGAACUGCGGAUCUCCGGCGGUUUUUAGGUUUGCUGAGGUAGCGAUACAGAGAAAGCCUGCUGAUUGAUAAAAGUCAUCCAAUGGAAGCUAAAUUCUUCCGCUUUCUCAAGAUUGUUGGAGUUGGUUUCAAGGCUAGGGCAGAAUCAGAAGGUCGUCUCUUGUACCUUAAGCUGGGUUACAGCCAUGAGGUUGAACUGACCGUGCCUCCUGCUGUUCGUGUCUUCUGUUUCAAACCCAAUGUGGUUUGCUGCACUGGGAUUGACAAGUAUAGGGUACACCAAUUUGCUGCUUCUGUAAGGAGCUGUAAACCUCCUGAAGUUUACAAGGGCAAAGGUAUUAUGUACAUUGAUGAAGUGAUAAAAAAGAAGCAGGGAAAGAAAUCAAAAUGAGAACCCAUUAAUCAUGGUUCUUUCCUGGGCUUGGUACUUUUUAUGAUGCUAGACAAUUUUCCUUUAAUUAUCUUUCCUAUUUGUAAUUUCCUAAUGUAAUUUUGUUUUCUGACUGCUUUAGUAUUUUUAAAAGUUAAGAGUUGUUGAAGGUCUUUUACCUUGGUCACGGAAGUUGCUAAGCAUCUCAAUGACAGUUUUUGUAUCAACUUUUUCAUCCUUUCAAAUGCUACAAAUAAGUGAUGGACGGUGUUGAUGAA